AUGGCAUUAUCGUCAAACGACGCGGAGGCUGGCCACCAGCACCAAGAAGUAGCAGAAAAUGAAAAUCAGUUCACAAUCUCAAACAUUAAGCUACAACGCUUAAUCCACCUGACGGACUACCUCCCGGACCUCCAAAUCCACCCAAACCCACUAGACCACAACCCAUUUUUUCACCCUGUAUCGGAGUUCUAUAUCACUCCCUCUGACGUUGUUCUCCGACAUAUUCUCCAUCAUCUCUCGGGAGCCUUCUCUUCUCCUGGGCCUCGCCUGGAGUACCAUAGGGCCGGGCCUCGAAAGCAAAUAUACUUCGACCCGAGUCGCGUGCGAGCCGCGAUUGUCACGUGCGGUGGGUUGUGCCCGGGGAUGAAUACGGUGAUCAGGGAGUUGGUGGUGGCGUUGUGGGAGCACUAUGGGGUGCGUGAAAUUUUCGGUAUAAGAGCGGGUUACAGAGGAUUUUAUUCGAGUGAGCCAGUGCCACUGAACCCUAAGAUGGUUCAUGGAUGGCAUAGAAAGGGUGGCACUGUGCUUGAGACUUCUAGGGGUGGGUUUGAUCUUCACAAGAUAGUCAAUGCAAUUCAGGAUCGUGGGUUCAACCAGGUAUACAUCAUUGGUGGAGAUGGCACGAUGCGUGGUAUGGUGGAGAUAUUUAACGAAAUCAAACACCGGAAAUUGUACGUUGUUGUAGCUGGAAUUCCUAAAACUGUGGACAAUGAUGUUGGAGUCAUAGACAGAUCAUUUGGAUUCCAAACAGCGGUUGAGAUGGCUCAGCAGGCCAUCAGUGCGGCUCAUACUGAGAGUCAAAUGCGUAACUAUGAACGUAAAGUAAGCUGUAAUGGUAAUGAAGGGCUACCUAAAGUAAGCAAAAAUCAAUAG